AUGCCAACUAGGAUAGGAGUGGCUAUAAGGGUCAGACCCCUUUUAGAGUCUGAGAAAUAGAAGAAUCUCACUUGCACAAAGUUACAAGUUAAGCAUAGCUCAAAAUCUAUAUAAAUAUAAUUGGAUGAUAGGACAACCAAAUCCUUCAAAUUUGAUUAAGUAUUAGAUGAAUAAUGUAGCUAAAAUGAUUUAUAUGAAAAGAAUUCUAUCGACUAGCUAAUACAAAAGGUCAUUGAAGGUUAUCAUAGUACUAUAUUUGCAUAUGGAUAAACUGGUAGUGGUAAAACAUUUAGCAUGGAAGGAUUUGAUUAUGAAAUGGCAACAGACAGCAAUAAAAAAUAAGUAUUAAAACCUAUAAUAAACUAUGAAAAUCUAGACUAACAAGGUAUUAUUCCUAGAACAGUUCAUAAGCUAUUUGAAAAAAUAUAAAUUGCUCAUAACAAGAACGAAAGAAUCUACAAAGUUUAUCUUUCUUAUCUACAAAUCUACAAUGAAAAAAUCUAUGACUUGCUUAAUACAGAUUAGUUAAAAAAAAAUGAUGGUCCUGGCCUAAAGUUGAGAUGGAACAAAAAAGAUUAGUUUUAAGUAGAGAAUUUGUUGGUAUUUGAGUGUUCUAACUUGUAAGAAGCAUAUGAUAUGCUUAGUAAAGGUAUUAAAAACAAGAUUAUGGCAAGCCAUAAACUUAAUGCUUAGAGUAGCAGAUCUCAUUGUAUAUUAACAAUCAAAGUUGACUCUAUAAGUAGGCUUGACCCAGAUAAUUUGAUUUCUGCUAAGCUUCAUUUAGUUGAUUUAGCUGGUAGUGAAAGACAGAGCUAAACUGGAACAGAAGGCUAAAAUUUUAAAGAAUGCAUAGAGAUCAAUAAAAGUUUAUUUACAUUAAGACAAGUUAUUUCUGCUCUUGCUGAUUAAUCGAUGCAGUCUUAAGAGGAAACUCAGCAAGGUAAUAAUAAUUCUGUCAAACAAUUUCAUGUGCCAUAUAGAGAUUCUAAAUUAACUUCAUUGUUGAAACAAUCAAUUGGAGGAAACAGCUACUGUCUUAUGAUUGCCUGUCUUUCUCCAUGUGACUGCUAUUAUGAAGAAAAUAUGUCCACUCUUAAUUAUGCAACUAAGGCAAGUUAAAUUUCAAAUGAACCAGUUAAAAACGAAGAUCCAAAAAACAGACUAAUAGCAGAACUCAAAGCAAAAAUCGAAGAGCUUACUAAAGAUUUAGCGAGAGCGAAUGAACAUAUUGCAUUUUUGAGCAAAUUUUCUACUGAAAAUAUCAAUAAAUAUGGAACUGAUAUUUUGAAAAUGCAAAGGAAUAAGUAAACAUCAAUACAAUAAAUAUAAGAAGAAAGUUUAAAAGAAGAGGAGCAUAAUCAAAUAAAAACAUCAUCAAAAGAAAAGGAAACAAAAAGACAAGACGAAACUCCAAAAAAAGAAAGAUCUGAUGAAACACCAAAAAAAGUAAAACCUGAGGAAAAUUCUGCAAAUUAGUCACAGUUGCAAUCUAGUGUUAAGAAGUCUUUAAAUAAGAUGAGUAGUGAGCUAAGUAUUGAUGGUGGUCUUAUGAGUUCAGAUAUGAUUAUUAGGAGAUUAGUGGAAAGUGCAAACAUGGUCAGAGAUCUACUUUAAUCAAAUAUAAAUAUGAGAGAAAUGAUCGAAAAAUUAACAAAAAACAAUGAAUAGACUGAGAACGAACUAAAUAUAUUAUAAAUGGAAAAUAGCGAUUUGAGAGAAAAAAUAGAAAUAAUGGAAAACAUUUUAUCAAAAGACAUAGAAAAUGAAAAAGAACUCAAAAGUAAAUUUGACUACAAGAAAGUCUUAGAGGAAUCUGAAACAAAUAAUAUAAUAGCAGAUGAGACUAAUGGCUUUCAAAAAACAAAUACGAAAACAUUUACUAGUGAUUUUGGAUUUUAAACCAUUACCCGCUAAGAAAUAGUUAAUGAAAUUCACUAAUUAAGGAAAGAGAAAAAAAAUUUAAGUUAAAGACUCAAAUCUUUAGAACUGGAAAAUAAUGAACUGCAUACAAGAUUAAAUCCAAAUGCUCUUUAUGGAGAACCUACAAGAAUGCACUUGAAUCAAACACUUGAUAUGAUAGCUUCUUCUACUGCUUAAAACUAAUAGAACAAUAGUGCUUAUCUUAUGACAUAAAAUUUCAAAUCAGCCUCUGCUAAAUUAAAGAAAAGCCAGCUGGGAUCUAGAGUAUCAGCAAAGACUUCUAUGAAUGCAAUCGAAGAAUUUUCACCUCCUCCAUAAAAUACAUAACAUUAUAACUCAUUUAUAAAUACUUAAUAGCAAUUCUCAACUCUCUAUCAAUAAAAAAUGGGAAGUAGCAAUAAUCAAUUCAACAACACAAUGUACUACAACAAUUUGAAAGGAUAGAAACACAAUUCUUACAAUUAUGAAUAAUCUCCUGAAUCUUAACCAUUCCCAAACUAAUUGAGAUAAUAAUUACUCUAUACAAGAACGAGCUCUUCUUAAAAAAAUGAUAACAGUUUUACUCAGGCAAAUGCGAGACUGCCUUCAACAGGUUAUAGAAAUACUCAAAAUAGUAGCUAUAAUGCAGGAGAUAGCAGUUUUAUUGAAAGGUAAGAAAACUAUGCUUUCGAACAACCUCAGUACUCUAAUUUUGCAAGAAACACUCCUUAAUUUAAUUAAAAUAAUAAUUUAUAUGAAAGUACUUCUCCUGGGUGGAGUAAUACUAACCAAAUAAAAUAUCAAAAUAAAGCGAUGAUGCAAACUCAGUAUCCAUCUAAUAAUACAGGUUCUAAUAAUUAAAAUUUCCCUAAUUAAUCAAAAUAAAAAAAUUUGAGGGCUUUAAGUUAAAAUUCAUCUAAAAGGCCUCCUGUUAUAAGACAGCAUGUCAAUUUACCAAAAAAUUUUUGA